CUCAUAUGAUAAGUCUUAUUGGACGACGUGUCUCGAAUGGAUGUGUCUCUAAAUAUGUCAAGAAAAAAGUGUUCAAGGUGUCCUGCACACGAGUGUAAUAAAGUACGAAAGUUCAUAUCGUGUUUUACUUUGGAAAUGGCAAAUUCCUUCAUCACAUCAUCACAUUACCUUUGUGUUUGUUGUCUGAUUGUUUUUACUUUUACGUAUAAUUUCUUCUCAUAUUUAAUAAAAUUAUUAUAUUAUUAUUAAAAUUUUUUUUAUAAAAAAUUAUUAUCGUUAUUAUAUAGCAUAUAUUAAUAUAUUAUAUAGCUGCUAUUGUUAUAAUUUUUUCUUUUUCGUUUAGUCCAUUUUUUUUUUUUUUCGUUUAGUCCAGGCCUGCUUAAUCCGUGGCUCACAUUUUCAUAAAAUAAUAUAGGACGCAUUAUUUUUGAAGCUUUGUUUCCAAGUGAUUUUUGUACUACUAACAUACGCAAUUCACUAGAUACUUUAUAGGUCCCCAAGAGUCCCUUUUUUUUAGACAUGGGACUGAUUAUAUCAUCGCAUAAAUCAUUUUGAAGCAUCUAGGAUACGACGGUCUAUUAACACGCUUCAAAAUGUCUUUUUAAUAUAUCGAGUUUGAUGACGUCAUUUUGUAGCUAGAAUGUUUUGCCUCUAACGAAUUCUAUCUCUAGGGUCUUCUGUCUCGUAACAAUGAGUGUUUAUCAUCUAAAGUUAGUGAUACAAAAGUUAGCUAAUACUCCACGUAUGAAGUCAAGUUCUGGCUUAACCGCUGUUACCUUAAGACGUGUACGAAUAUGUUCGGACCUGUGAUUUUUUUGAGAAACGUUAGUUUUGGUACCUGAGUGAAAGGGCCGUAAAGAAAAGUCUGAAUUCAAGUAAAAUAAUAGAGACAGGAAACAAGAGACACGUAUAGGGUCCGCUGGCUUCCGCGAUUAGCUCAGUUUGCUUAGUCCCUCUGUUGACUUCUGAUGGUGUCUGCAGUCGUACAGUCUCAUGGUCUCCAAUUUUCGUGUUCCUUUUUUUCUUACUGUCGUUCGUCAAUGAUCGUGAUCGUCGUAGCUAUUGCACGUUAUACAGUAAAUUAAUGCUAUCGCACGCGUGCUGCAUUCUACCUUCCUGUUGUAUUCGAUUUCGUAGCAGUACAUACGUGGCCACCAUCGAUGUCAUAUUUCGACUUAAUGAACGUGAUUGAGAGAUCUACGACAAACAUUAUGAUAGCGUUGUUGACUUUGCAGACCGAGACUGUUUAUCAGAUAUUGUAAAACUAUUCAGAGAGAUUUUCCAUCGAGAGUCUUCUCUACGAAGUACGAUAGAUAUUUAGGGAAUAAUUGAAUAUUUCGACCGGGGGCCUUCACAAAUAAUUUCAUGAUAACUGUUCAGGACUACCUUGGCAUGGAUGAGCGGUACGGCCAUAUUGAUCGUAGUAUCUAAAAGCUUCUGGUAUUGUUGAGUGAAGACACGAGCAUAUUCUACCGCAACGUGAUUCUGUCGACGUGAAAAAUGAAGAACAAUAAUGUGUAUCAUGUGAAAUACGCGAAUAUGGAGAAUCAACGUGAUUUCGAUUCAAGUCAACAUGUGCCUAGGAUGCUAAUGUCACAGCCGCAAUUCCCAUCUCCACCACAAAUGGCUACCGUAUCCUCGUCUGCUCAGCAGCCUGUGAACGUUCAACAACCAAUAAAUUUUCAGCAAAUUUCAAGAAUUGUACGUCUAACCACUCCUCAACACACCACAAAUCUUCGACUUUCAAGAGUUCGAAAAUUUCGAAGCGGUCAGCAAUCUACGAACGUUCAACUUGCACACAUUCCACAAUUAGUGAAUAUUCAACAACCCGCGAAUGUUCAACAACCCGUGAGUGUUCAACAAUCUGCGAGUGUUCAACCUGUAAUCGUUCAACAACCAGUGAACGUUCAACAACCUGCAGGCAUUCCACAAUCAGCGAAUAUUCAACAACGUGCGAGUGUCCAACAACCCGUGAGUGUUCAACAAUCUGCGAGUGUUCAACAACCAGUGAACGUUCAACCUAUGAGUAUUCAACAACCCGUAAUCGGUCAACAAUCAAUGCACGUUCAACGACUUAAAAGCGUGUUGCGAACUCCAAGUGUUAACAAUUCUUCAAGUAAACAGAUCAUCGUGGGAAACGUGAUGAUACCACUAAAUCAAGCGCAAUUGCAGAGGCUUAAGAACAACAACAAACUCAAGCAGGACGGCACGGGAUCUCUGGAAAUGCAUGUACAGAACGAUAAGCGCAUUAAGUUCGUCUACAAACCCAAUGUUUUGCAAACUUUAAAUCAACGUCCUGGUCAACCGAUGAAUAUGCCUGGCAUGCAGAACAAAAUGCCAGGUAUGAACAUGAUGCCGGCUCAAACCGGUGGUCCAAUGAGUCACAUGGGUCCCAUACAAACCAUGCAGAACAACCCCAUGCUAACCCAGAUGAAUCAAAUGGGACAAGGUAAUAUGCCUCAGCAAAUGAAUCAGAUAGUGCCAGGACAAAUGAACCAAUUAGCUACAGGGCAGAUGCAGCAAAAUAUGCAGUCGCAGAUGCAAAAUCAGCUGCCAGGUCAGAUGGGUAAUCAAAUCGGAGGUCCGAUAGGUGGCAUACAGACUAGCAUGCCGCAGCAAAUGACUCAAAUUGGUCCUGGACAGUUGGGACCUGGUCAGAUGCAACAGCAGUUGAAUCAUAUUCAAAGAAAACCAGGCGAAAUGAUGAAUACUGGAUUUCCUGGUCCACGCAAUGUUGCACCUAAUCAAUUCCUGAGACAGAGCCCGUCUCCUUCGGCUCCGAGCCCAGCCGGUUUGGGAGCACCGUCAAGUAAUCAGAUGGUGGCAUCCCCCGCAUUGGUGCCAUCGCCGAGUCCGCAGCAUGGCAUCAUGACAGGGCCGUCUCGUUCCGUAAAUUCCGUUGGUAUGGCACCAUCGCCGAGCAGUUCGUUGAACACUCCUGGAGGUGUUGGUGCUACGCCAAGUCCUCAGCAGGAGGAUCAGGCUUAUAGGGACAAGGUCAGACAGUUAAGCAAGUACAUAGAGCCAUUGCGAAGAAUGAUCGCUAAGAUGGGUAGUGAAGGAAACGUUGACAAACUCAGCAAGAUGAAGAAGCUUUUAGAGAUCCUGUCGAAUCCUAGUAAACGUAUGCCGCUGGACACGUUGUUGAAGUGUGAAGUCGUCUUGGAGAAGUUGGACUUCAAGAGAGGAGACGGUAGUGUAGGGCCGCCAGUAACGACGUUGAAGGAACAUCAGAUCUUCAGUCCGCUGUUAGAGGCGGUGAGCGCGCAUCUCCAGAGUCCGGUAAUCAAUCACACAUUACAACGUACUUUUGGACCAUAUUUGGGUGCCUUGUUUGCACCAGAGAUCAAAAAUCUACCGCCGCCGAUGAAGAAGCAGAAAGUCGAGGAACCACCUAGUGAGAUACCGGACGUACUGCAAGGAGAGAUAGCCAGAUUGGACCAACGAUUUAAGGUCAGUUUAGAUCCAGCUCAGCAGAACGGCUCAAAGUGUAUACAAUUGAUAUGCUGGCUCGACGACCGUCAUCUCCCGUGCGUCCCACCAGUCUCGGUUACAGUUCCUGCGGAUUACCCCGUAACACCGCCCCGCUGUGUCAUGGCACCACACGAAUAUGAGGCGACGACAUUCCUCUGCGCCGUUCAGAAAGCUCUGAACGCCCGCAUCGCCAAGCUUCCACGUCGUUUCUCACUCUCACAGUUGCUGGACACGUGGGAAAUGAGCGUGAGACAAGCUAGCGCACCGACGCAAGUAACCGUUACUGCUAGUACAGUGCUGAUGGGUUUGUAGCAUCUCUGAAGAAAAGAUUUCUGUCCUAUCGAAUAAGUUUGAUUGUGGAUGUAUUUCAAUUUUUUAUUUGAAUUUUAUACAAUAUAAUUUGAAUUUUAUACAAUAUAAUUAAUUGCAGAUAAAA